CGGCGGGUCGUUGUGUGCGCGCGCGGUCAGCUGCGAGAUUUUUUUUUCUGUUGCGUUUGAAUUAUUCGCUUGCGGCUUUCGAGCUUAUCGGCUGAAGAUGUUUUGAGUUCGCACCUAAAUCAGCCCCCACUGUGGACUCUACGCCUACCCACCCACCCUCCCAUUCUUUACAUCAGCCGCAUGCGCUCCUCCUUCCUCCUCCAUCCUCCCGCCACCAAACACCACCACCACCAUCGCCUGCGCUCACCCACCCAACCCCACUUCAAAUGCCACCUCCCAACUUGCCCUACCCCCCACCCCACCCCUCUUCUCUCCUGCCGGGCUCAAACCUCCUGCUCCGGCGAGGGCAAUCGGCAAACGCAGCGUGAAGCUCCGCUGAGAGCCACCGCAGAGGGAUGGAUAGUCGCGCACGUAACGCGUUAAACGGCACACGUUAUUAGCGUUAAGACAACAGCAACAACAACAUAUACAUGUUUCUUUCAACCGAAUGAAUGUCGCCGAUUUAUCAUCGGCGGUGACUUUGGCAACGGGCAAGUUUCGAGAGAGAAUUAAGUUGACAAGUUCUCCGCGCACACGCGAAUCUCGAUUUCGGUUUUAAAUUGUUUUUUGUUGAGAGGCGCUUUCCUGAAGUUUGCGAAGCCUUUUUUUAUUUAAGAAACAACGGUGCAACUCCCUUCGAGUUCAUUUUCGUGUGAGCUGACAACAACAACAACAGCAACGCCUUGAGAGAGAAAGAGAGAGACCUUGGCAGGCGUUCCCACGAGGACCCCGGGAGAGAGCGAGAGCGAGUGGUGUGUGUGUGUGUGUGUGCUUGGGGUGGUGUGUUUUGGGGGAAAGAGAAGACAUGGAGCUGGCAAGCUGCGUGCAGCCGUCGCUCAAGGAAGAAGGAGACGCGCUCUCAAGUGCCCACAAAGCCCCGAGCCAGACCGUGGCACUCCACCCUCACGGUGUGGCUGAUAGACUCGGCAAUGCAAGCACUGGAGGCAGUGGCAACGGAGGAGGAGGAGGUGGGCAGCAGCGGUGUCAGUCGGCUCCGCUCGCGCUCACCACUCACGAAAGGUCUCCGCCGUCCCCUGGUGCUUCGGGCCCUAAGCGGAAGCGUGCCGCCACCCCCGAGGCCCAGGAGUUGCUGCUCCUGCUGCAGUCGAGCCGGACAGGCCCUCUCAACUUGAGCAAGGCGCCCCGCAGGGACGAGCGGCCCGAGGGCAGGAACGACGGUGGGCUGCUCUCCCCGGACGGGCGGCAGUCCGUCCCCCCAGCCACCUCGCUCCGUCGCCCCGGCGACGGCCACGGUGGCGGAGGAGGAGGAGGAGGCGGCGGCGGUGCCGACCUGGCGGCGACCCCCGGUUGCCAUGGCGAUGGACCGAGCGCGACCCCGUGUUGCCACGGAGCUGGCGCAUCAUGGCUGAUCGUCCCUGAAGACGAUGUUCACCUCCAUCAUCGCGGCGCGAUGGCGGUGCUACAGCAGCAGAUGCGCCCCUCCGUCAUUACGUGCGCACCGGCCCUCAAUCAGAAAAACCAUCACGGCAGCCGCCACGCAUUGAGGGGCCCCAACAAAUCACACAAGCGCGGAGACGUCCCGUCCGAGCCGUCGGAUGCGACGGCGGUGUCGGAUCCCGUCAUCGAGGAGCACUUUCGCCGCAGCCUCGGCAAGGAUUACCGCGAGGCUGACUCGGUGUCCAUCACCGGCUCUGUGGACGACCACUUCGCCAAGGCGCUCGGCGACGCGUGGUUCCAGCUCAAGACGACGACGGCAGCGGCGGCGGCAGCGGCGGCGGCGACAGGCUGCAGACGCGUGGCACCGACGCCGGCUUCCGUGUCGAAGGAAGCGGCAGGACCGGGGGGACCGCCGCUUGCUGCACCGUCGCCCUCCCCAGCUUCGACCGACGCCUCGGGAUCGGCGACUGCGUCCGGCUCGCAGUCGGACAGUGACGCCGAGGAGGGGACGCCGGUUGCCCCGCGAGUGGCCAAUCACGCGGCGCCCGCCGAGCGUGUGACGGCGUCGUCGCCGCCCGAAGUCUCAUAAACAUUGCGCAGAAGCAGUGGGGGAGUGUGGGGUUUACACACGAAAACUAGAAAUAAACAACUUUUUUUAUUUUUACUAGGUUAAGACCCACCGAGGCUACAUCGCUCUUUUUCAUAAGUGGCCUGGUGACAAAUGAUAGCUCAACGAAGUGAAAUUUACAGCAGCCAAAUAGUUUUAAACGCGUGACGUUGAUUCUGAAUGUGGAGGGAAAAAGCGGAGGACCCGGAGAAAAAUCCACGUGACCAUGGGGAGAACAUGCAAACUCCAAAUAUACAGCAGCAGGCAUCAAGGGUCGGGAUCGAACCCUCGACCUCUUGUAUACCAGGCGAGAGAGACAACAUCCCGCCGCUUUAUUCACACGGGCGGAAUUACACUGGUCCCCACUUACAAUAAUACUCAUCCGUAUCACUAAGAGAGAGAACACUGGCUGUUGAGCCCAGAGUUUUGGAAAAAUGUUUUAAUCUGGGGGGGGGAGGAUUUUUGUUGUUGGUGGGUGGCAGUUUUCUCUCGUGUUCUGUGAGGAGCGGCAAUCAAUUUGCAUGUUUGUUGUGGUUUGUGCGAUAGGAAUUGCACGGCCGGCCAAUGAAAACACGGUGCACUUGUGCCAAGAGGCUUCAUGCCUUGCAAAUGAGUCUGAACCAACAUUCUAAUCCCAAACUGUAUUUUCCCUCCUUCGUCACCUUUUUGGGGCAAAAUUGCCGGCUGCGUUUAUGACGAUGCUAAGUUAAGAGUAUUGGACCACAUUCCACUAUUUUUUCACGUGUGACUUUUCCUACCCUGUCAUUUAAACAAAAACUGAUUGGUUAAAAUACACUGUACAUAGAUUGUAACUGCAGCUGAAAGAGCUGUUUUUUAACUUAAAAUGUUUUUUACCUAUGUUUUAUUAUUUAAAUGAUACAUUUCAUCGUAUAUCUUUGUUUUUUUACCUUGAAAAAGCAGUUAGAAACUGCUUAUUUUGUUAGACAAUUUUCAAUUUUAGUUUUUUUACAAUUUUACGGUUCUUUGACCCAUUAAACGCGUGGUUUAUUUUUUUGUUGUAAUGCAAUCAUCUGGUACUUUUUUUUUCCAUCUUACCUGUCAUUCUUAGCAACUACGUGGAUUUUUUUUCACCACUGCUUUCCACAUGGAUAAGUAACACCAAAAUAAAAAUGAAAGAUGGCAAGUGUCAUAAAAACAACAACCUUUCAACAACCAGCUUUUUGAAAGUGCACCUUUUGAAUCGGAUAGGCCUACAAAUGUGAAUCCUUUAAAAGAAAAGAUAAAUCUACGUGAUGGCCCAAAGCCUUCGCCAUCUGCGGCACGAGCUGUCUUUUGAGAAUGGCAAAUUGUGCAUGCGUGCAUCACUGCAGCGUGUUCACGUGACAAAUCUUUAAUGGCAAAUGGUAACGCACACAUCACGAUAUUCCAUUUUUUUUGUAAAGUGCAAAAAAAAAAUCAACGCUUCAACCUUAGCAAGGUCUUCAAAUUUGCUACUUAGACCUUCACGGGGCCUUUAAAAUGACGUUGACCUUUGCAGGCCUGUUCAAGUCAAAAGGUGUGUGGGUUUGUAAUUAGGUUUAGAUAAUGGUUAUUCUAAAAUUAGGUUCAGAUAAUGGUUACUCUAAAAUUAGGUUUAGGUAAUGGUUACUCUUUGUUAUUGUCACAUCAUGAACAACAGCCACCUUGGGGAAAAAUCCCACCAAUGUUGCGAGGAGUAUGUUUAUGCGUAGCUCUCCAAUGUGUCUCAAGAGUCGUACCGUGUGUGUUGUUCACAAACUUCUUCCACAACGAAUCAUUUGAGCCGACAGUGUGACGUGGAAUUGAAAAGUAAAAUACACCGCAACGAAAAGCUACAAUUGUGCCAUCGUUAUCAGCUGUGUGUGAAAAUACGAAGGCUGCGUGGGCAGUCGUGUUGAAGUACAGCGCUGCUUCCGAUUUAAAGCUUUCGUGACUGCAGGGAUUCAUAUUCUUGGUUCUUUCGGUAAAGUCACUUAG